AUGGGAAGUAAACGUCUUUGGGCUGCUUUGUUUCUAUCAGCAAUUGUAUGCUCCCUGUUUCCUCUUCCCUCUGAAGCCUUGCUUAGAAUUGGGUUGAAAAAAAGGUCGUUGGAUGCUCCUAGCGUAAGAGCUGCCAUAUCAGCUAGAUCAGGUAGCUCGUGUGGUAGUGGUAGAAAACAUUUGGGACAGAAUCUGGAUGAUUCCACUGAUGUACUACCUUUAAAGAACUACCUAGAUGCCCAAUACUAUGGAGAAAUUGGUAUUGGUUCACCACCCCAGAAAUUUACGGUCAUAUUUGAUACCGGGAGUUCUAAUCUCUGGGUUCCAUCAUCCAAAUGCUACUUUUCUAUUGCCUGCUGGCUCCACCAUAAGUACAAGGCCAGCGCCUCGAGUACCUACACGAAGAUAGGGAAGUCCUGUUCGAUACGGUAUGGGUCUGGAUCAAUUGCUGGCUUCUCCAGUCAAGAUAAUGUUAAAGUUGGUGAUGUCGUAGUUAAAGAUCAAGUUUUUAUUGAAGCUUCACGAGAAGGAAGUCUUUCAUUUGUAAUUGCUAAGUUUGAUGGGCUCCUUGGCCUUGGAUUCCAGGAAAUUUCUGUGGAUAAUAUGGUGCCAGUUUGGUAUAACAUGGUGAAUCAAAAUCUUGUGGAUGAGGAAGUUUUUUCUUUCUGGCUUAAUCGUGAUCAAGAUGCUGAAGAAGGCGGUGAGUUAGUCUUUGGGGGUGUUGACCCAAAGCACUUUGUUGGACAACAUACUUAUGUUCCCGUAACAAAGAAAGGAUACUGGCAGUUUCAAAUGGGAGAUGUUUUGCUCGGAGGCGUCUCAACAGGUGCUUGUGAAGGAGGUUGUGCUGCUAUUGUGGACUCCGGAACAUCCUUGCUUGCUGGUCCAACAACUGUUAUCACGCAAAUCAAUCAUGCCAUUGGGGGUGAGGGAGUAGUAAGCCAGGAAUGUAAGGAUAUAGUUACAGAAUACGGAGACAUGAUAUGGGAUCUUCUUGUAUCAGGAGUACUUCCUGACAAGGUCUGUGCGCAAGUGGGUUUAUGUACUCCUCCUGUGGCUCAGUCUGACAGUUAUAUAAAGUCAGUGGUUGAUAGAGAGGGUAAAGAUGGAGGAUCUGUUGGUGAGAACCCUAUGUGUGCUGCUUGCGAAAUGGCUGUUGUUUGGAUUCAAAACCAGUUGAAACAGAGGUCAACCAAGGAGAAAGUCUUUGAAUAUGUUAAUCAGCUUUGUGAAAGCAUCCCAAGUCCUGCAGGAGAAUCAGUGAUCGACUGUGACAACCUAUCGAGCUUGCCAAACGUCUCAUUCACCAUUGGGAAUAAAGCUUUUGAGCUAACACCUGAACAGUAUGUUCUUAAAACUGGAACGGGCAUCACUACUGUUUGCAUCAGCGGAUUCAUGGCUUUUGAUUUACCUCGUGGUCCUCUCUGGAUUCUUGGAGAUGUAUUCAUGGGGGUGUACCACACCGUGUUCGAUUAUGGCAAUCUCCAGCUCGGAUUUGCAAAAGCUGCCUAGGAUGAUCGUCGUAAUUCUGUAGUGAUCAAUGUAUUAUAGCUUUCUCAAGUGAGGAAAUUGCUGCUUGGUUGUUUUCUGUCACUAAGCUGAAAGUGUCUCAUACCUAAAAGUAAAAUAUAAUGUGAUGAUCUUAAAACUUAUUUGUAAUGUUUAUUCUCAAAUUUUCAGAUGUAGAUUAGAUAUGUAUGUACGCUGGUAUAAUAUAUUGCCCUUGUUUAUAUUUUUGGCACAUUCACAGCGUUUUGUUCACUUUUUCAUAUGUAUCACUUGAAAAUGGAAUAUGUAAUUUCAUGAUUCUAAUUAGGCUCACAAGUUUUGAUUAAAUUUUUGUCCCAUAAGAUUUUGGAUGAGUAGGAAAAUGAUCCGAUCAGAAAAAAGAACAUUAAUGGUGUAUGGAUGAGUUGAUUUGGAAAAUUAGACAGUUUCUUCACAGAGAGUGGCAAGUUUUUCUAUAGCAUAUCGAUUUUAGAGCAAACUCUCAGUGGUUUCGUUGAGACGUAGUGGUGUCGGACUUCUAGUUAUUCUAUUUCGGAUAUUAAGUCGUUAUAUCAUAAUAUUCUUAUUUUGCUUCGGUUGCCGAGUCGUUAUGACAUGAUAUAACACGUCUUAAUAUUCUAUUCCCUCCUGUUCUUAUUAUAGGUAUUUUGAUUUUGUCUUAUGAUCUUUUUAAUUGGAAAAAAACCUUAAAUAUAUAUUUUUACAUUCGUUGUGUUCUCUUAGUUAUUAAGAAAUA